AUGCAAUAAUUAUAAUCCUCAUUGCAAAAUUUUCUUGAUCAAUUGAAGGAGAAUAAUAAGUAAUUCUUAGAACUAAUAUUUCCUCAAUAAAACAUACCUGAGCCUUAAAAAAAGCAAAUAACUACAAUUGAUUAAGAAACCUAAACUAUUGAUAGCAAUUUAGAGAAUUCAAAGGCUUCUGCUCUUUUGAUAUUUCAUUAAACUGAAACAAAUGUGAUUGAUGAUAUGAUCAAAGAAUUUGAAUAAAAAUUAGCCUAAAAAUUAGAGUAGCAAAAAUAAUUUGAUUAUUACAAAUAGCGAUUUGCUUAAUAAUAAUCCCAAAUAGACUAUCUAAAAAAAGAAUUAUAAUCAAGAUUACUUUCAAAAUAUGGUCCUAAUCGGUUAUAAGUAGAAAAAAAUAAAAAAGAAAUAGAAAAAUAUUAAAAAAUGAUUAAAAAACAAUAAUAAGAAAAUAACCGCAUAAAUCAGUUAAAUUAAAAGUAUGAAGUGUUUGAAAAUGCUCUUCAAUCAAUUUAAUAAUCAAAAAAAAUUUGA